CUAAAAAUACCCUCGUGCCCUUGUGGUGAUGAUGGGUGUGUCCUCCAGGAUGCUGAGUCUUUAUAACCGCGCAGUCAGACGUCUCCAGAUGCAGUCACAUUGCUCCUGAGAGUUUUUACCGGAGAGCGGCAGCAGUCCAACAAAGAUUUUACAUGGAUGCUUUAUCGACAUAUUUUGUGGAGGAGACCUUUUGUAUGAGAAGCAGAGACGAGGAAGAGGAAGAAGAUGAAGAGGAGAAAGGUGGAGAUGAUGAAGAUGAGGAAACAUAUGAGUCACAGACAGACCAAAGAACGACCUGUGCUCCGAGUUUCCUCUGCAAAACAGAUAAAGAGGUUCAUUAUUACGCCGGGCAGGAGAUCAUCAUCGAAGAGGCUUUGGACUCAGAUGCAAGCAUGAUACUUCCAGAGGCUUUGGCUCUGAGCCGCUACCUCGACACGCACCAAGAACAGUUGAAUCUUGCGGACAAAGCCGUCCUGGAGAUCGGAGCAGGGACUGGUCUCGUGUCUAUUGUAGCAGCACUCCUGGGUGCUUGGGUAACAGCUACAGACCUUCCAGAGGUCCAUGACAAUCUGAGAGUAAACCUUAGCAGGAACACCAGGGGGCGUUGCAGACACACGCCCAAAGUGGCAGCUCUAUCCUGGGACUGCAACCUGAAGCAAACCUACCCUACAUCCGACUACAGGUAUGACUACGUGCUUGCAGCUGAUGUGGUCUACCACCAGGACUUCUUUGAUCAGGUUCUGGCCACCAUGAAGCAUUUCUGUCAACCAGGGACGUCCAUGAUCUGGGCCAACCAGGACAAGAUGGAGUCUGAUCUGACUUUCACUGAGAACUUUAAAAAGGCCUUUCACACAAGUUUGCUGGCUGAGGAUGGAGACAUAAAAAUCUUCAUGGCGACGUGCAGAGAAGAAGAGGGAGAAGGUGAAGAGGGGCUUGAAAUCCAGGAUCAGCUGAGAGUGAGGGAGGAAGGAAACGGGGCUGACGAUGAAGAAAGACACAACCAGGAAAGUUAUAAUGAUGAGACAGAGUCUGAGAGAAGAGAUGACAAAGAAGAAGAAAAUGAGGAUGAUUGUGAUGAAGAGAUGGGGACGAUCGUGGGCGUCAUAGACGAGAAGGACAAACCCCAAAAGAGGGGUGAUUCAAACUGCAGCAACACGGCCAGCGAUGAGGACAUUUCAGGACAGAUGUUAGAGAAACAAACAGCUGCACAGCAGUCCAGACCCCCGGCCUGGACUCCCAGGGUCAUUUGCAGCCUUGGUAAAGACAUCUACCACUACGCAGGGGAGGACAUCGUCAUUUAUGAAUCCAUAGACUCCUUUGGAGCAGUCAUGUGGCCGGCAGCGUUGGCUCUGUGCUCCUUCCUGGACAACAACAGGGAGGAGGUGAACCUGCAGGGGAAGGAGGUGCUGGAGCUGGGAGCAGGAACAGGACUGGUCACCAUCGUGGCCACACUGCUUGGAGCUGUGGUCACAGCCACAGACUUACCGCAUGUGUUGAGUAACCUCAGGGCAAAUGUGAUGAGGAACACCAGGGGGCGUUGCAGACAACUGCCCCAGGUGGCGGAUCUGUCCUGGAGCUACGACCUCGAGCCCACCUACCCUACAUCCCUCUACAGGUACGACUACGUGCUGGCAGCUGAUGUGGUCUACCACCACGACUUCUUAUCCGAGCUCCUGGCCACCAUGAAGCAUUUCUGUCGACCCGGGACGAAGGUGAUCUGGGCCAACAGGGUCAGGAUGGAGUCUGAUUUGACUUUCACUGAGAACUUUAAAAAGACUUUUCACACAAGUUUAGUGGUGGAGGACGGAGACAUGAAAAUCUUCAUGGCGACGUGCAGAAAGGGAGACACAGAAAAGGAGUGGUUGGAUCACUGAACUGGCUCACUGGGUACAGGCCUGUGGGCCCUAGGGGUUAUGGGGCCCUUACAUCAGACCCCCUGAAGUGCUUGAGUUUAACGUUUCUUGUUAAGUCAAAGGGCUUCGAAUGAGGAUGUGUUUGUCACAUUAUUUGGGUUGGGGUUAGGGUCAGGGUUAGCCCUUAACCCUAACCCAAAUCCCACUGACAGUGACAUAGAGAAUAUAUUUUAAGUUUGGCAGCAACAACAUGAUUGGCUGAUUGAAAUCAUAGUAACCUCUGAUUGGAUCAGCUGAUUAGAAGAGGCGGGAGAAAGUCUUCCUGAUUGAACUUACGUUAUAAGCUUCGUUACCAGCAUCACAGAUGUUCUCUUUGUUUUGUAGAUGAUAUUAUUUUUGUUAAAUAUAGUAUGUGUCAGUUUGGAUUUGUUUUUCCAGUUUGGUAAAAAAAACAUGAAAACAGCAGCAUGACCUGAGAUAAGGUGAAGGAUGGGAAGGAGUCACAUACACUGGGCCUUUUACCUCUGAGUGGACAUCAGCUUAAUUCCUUUAGGAACAGUUAAGAAAGUAACUAAACGCAAUUUGUUUAAUGGACUAGACCACCCAAAAAUGACAAUUCACUCAUUAUCUACUCACCCCUAUGCCGACGGAGGGGUGGGUAAUUUCACCGUGUUUUACACCUCAAACACCAGAAGUGGCUAAGCUAGUGGACGUUGCCAUUUCUGACGGUCCCUGAAUGCACCUCGUCGGCAGAUAUCAGCAGACAUUUAGGCUUUAAAACUUGGUGUAAAUGACCUCGUUUCCAGUUGAAUAUGAAUGUCGGGGCUUGUGGACACUUGGAUGACACCACAGGAGCAGUAUGGAGGUAUGUGUGGGUUUUUCUACGUAUGAAGAUAAGCCCCUAAUAUCUUCAGUUGUCUUGGAUUGGGCUGCAACACUGUUUACCCCUGAAACUCCAGCAGUUUUUUGUGGACUCAAACACUUCACCCACUCCUCCAUCGGCAUAGGGGUGAGGAGAUGUUGAGUGAAUUUUCAUUUUUGGGUGAACUCUUUUAAGGAUGCAUGAGCUACACAAGGUAAUAAAAGCAAAAUAUGAGAUUUUUCGUUAUUUUCUGCAGUUUGUUUUUUUAAAUGAAGUUUUUGUAUUUUUGCCUCCAGCAUGACUCUAACAUAGGACGUUGCAGUAAUGUGAUCCAGGCCGGGUGAGAUAUUAUCCUGAGAAACAUCUGUGCCCCACGAGAUGAGAAUGAUAUAAUAUAUAAUCAUAUCAAUGAGCUCGGUGUAGACCAUUGGAUAAUUAAUUAACAAUUUCAGUAAUUUUGAAACACAAAUGCCAAACCAGCCUCUCAGAUGUGAAUUGAUAUAUAAAAAUGAAGAUACAUCUAAUAUCUUUAGACAGUUUUAGUAGUAUAAUGAAUAUUUUAAACAUUUUACAUGUUUUGUAGCCAAUUGUUGCCCUAUCACAGUUUGGAUAAGGGUCACUAAUGAAAUGCCCUCGUUCGGUUUAUUUUUUACAUUUUAAUGUUUAAUACAGUAUUAGGAAAUUGAAGAAAAACUUUUUUGUCUUGUACUUUAUCUUGUCAUGUCUCUAUAAACUCAUGUAUAAUGAAUUCUCUCAUAUUGAAGAACACAACUAAAAUAUGACAAGUUGACAAAAAUCGUAUUAGCUGUAAAUAAAUGUGUAAGAGACGACCACUGUUUCUUCCGAAUAAUUUUUAUUCAGUGUCAUUUUCCUUGUUUGUGACUUGAAUUCCAUGUGAGCAGAAAAUGUUGCGACAGUAGCUCAGGUCUUUCCCACAUGUUAUGGAGGAAGAAUGGGUAUAAAAUAAUACUGAGAGCAUUCAACCUCAUCCCAUCAACAUUCUGUAAAACAUUGGCAUUUACUACAUUUCAUGACUAUAAAUACAAACACUCAACAUCCAGAAGUUUAAAUUCUUCCUGACACCAGCGGAGUGCGGAGCAACAGAUAUGAGGCGACUGUCUGGUGCCAGAACUGGACGGUUCAGUCCUGCGGUGAAAGUUAAGGCCGUUCUCGGAGAGACUGUCACUGGCAACGCGUACUGACGACUGCUGAGCCCUGAACAUGACGUCUGUCUGAACCAAAACCCGAACACAGGAGGAAGAAAAGGUGAAAAAAAUGACACAGAAUACAGAACAGAAAAGAUGCAAAGAUGUAAAAAUGAUCGACACACAUUUUUUCAAAAACCAAAACCACAUCGCUCCUGUAAAAUCCAUGUGCACUUGGAGAGGCCUGUGCUGAGGCUGCUGCAAAAAGUGAAAACAAAUCACAGCUAAAAACAGAAACGCAAAGUGUUGCUACCCCCGGGUCAACAUGAGUUGUGACCACUGAUUUGCUGCGCAUUUAUUGGUCAUCCCAGAAAAGAUUGAUUAUACCCAUGAGGACUAAAGGCCUCGGCUUGAAAGCAGCUGCUUUUACAUUCUUAAGUUUGUACCUUCCACUUGUGAGACAACAGAAAAAACCUCAGGGAAAGACGACGCCAUUAAGUACAAACAUUACUGUAUAUCCUUAUUUCCUUCUUCUACACGUUAAAUGUCCAAUUUCACCAUCUUUAGUUUUACUGAUAAAACUUUUCAGCCUUCAUAAUUAACAUGGG